GUAAUAUUUGCCAUCAAAUUGCUCUGACUCCAGGGAAAAUAUGGCCCGCAAAAUUCGGUCUUAAACGUGAUCACAUUUUGUAAUUCUAGGUAAAAUAUGCCCAAAAUAACGGAGUGUCAGCAGAUGAUUCGUCAUUCUUGAUCGGCAUUAUGUCCUUGGGCUCAACAUUUGGCAGAUUAUUCUUUGGCCCGCUUUCUGAUCAUCCUAAAGUGAACAGAUUGUAUGUAUAUCAACUUUCAAUUCUCUGCAUGGGUAUUAGCAACACUCUAUUGCCGUUGAUGAAAACACAUGGCACUAUCGUGUGUUAUUGCUUGGUAUGGGGUACAUUUGAAGGGUGUUAUGUCGCGUUAUGUGCUGUAUUAACUGCUGAUAUUGUUGGACGAGACAAGCUAUCAUCUGGAGUGGGCGUGUUGUUUGGACUCAAAUCUGUUCCAUUAACAGGAGGACCAGCGCUAGCAGGUGACUGACAUAACUUCCAUUUCUUGGAAGGGGGUUCGACUCCAUCGACAGAAAUCAUCACAACCACUUUUAUACUAAUUCCAACACUUCAGGAAACAAGGUUGCGCCGAGAAGAAUUCGAACUCACAUCUUCCUGCUUCUAAGCCACCGCUGUACGUAUCUAUGCAUAAAACCCGAAGUUGCGAGUUCGAAUUUUUCGUUGUAUGAGAAAUAAUAUGAAUAUAGUUGUCCAUAUAUCCCGUUUAGGCAAGUUUAAUACUUGCUUCUGACCAACAUAUUUUCACAAUUACAGGCCUGGGUAAUUUAAUAAACCUAAAAAUUUAAAAAUGAUGUUUCCUUUGUUGAAACAAAUUGAAAUUUCUUUUCGGAAGCAAAAAUUGUUUUGUAGUUUGCCCAAUAUAUUAAAAUGUAGUAUGCAUAUUUUACAGGUUUUAUCUACGAUGUAUCGAAAUCGUACGACGUGGCAUUUUACAUAGCUGGAGCAGUGUGUACAGUAUGUUGUUGCAUCAUGUUUCUGAUUCCACUUUACAUGCCUGAAGCUGGAGAAGAGGUAGUCGAUUUUGUGAAACCCGAUGACAUUGAGAAGAAGGCAUUGGAAGGAAAUGGCUCCGUCCACAAUGGAAAGUUAGGGAAUGGACGAAGUGAUGAUUCUGCUUAUGUUAGUGGCCAACAUUCAGCCAUUGUUCUUCGCCCUAGACCUCAAAGUUCUUACCUCUCACCUUACAGAGAUCAAAAUUUGGUCGUGAGUCCGUCAACGCUAUCAAUCCGUCAUUCGUUAAGUCGGUCAACAGCAUCUCUAGCCCAUAGAUAUCUUGAACCAAUUGCAAAGAAAGCCAAGAGUUCAGAAUUUGGUAGUAUGGUAUCAAUACCAAUAAUCCCGAACUCAGGAGCUUAUCGGUCUUUACAGCAGAUUCCUGUCACUACAGCGAGUAUUGAUCUACAUCAUACAAACCACGACACAAGUACAUCCAGCGUGAAUAAUGCACCACAAGAACACAGGGUGCCACCAAUGGAGAUACCAAGCAUUGUCAUUGGCGAUGAUUUGCAAGAUGAGAAUUUCCAUAGCUCCACCGAAAAUAUCAAUGAAAACGUUAAUUUAAUAUCUAAAUUGCCAGGCAAAGAGACCGAUCUUUAGUCAAUCAAACAUACACAGACAGUGAGCUAGUUGAAGCGACGAUCCACUUGUUUGCCACUUGUUUCUGUGUUAUUCCAACAAUCGAACACAGUGUACGACUCUAUGUUUUUGGGAACAUUAAGAACUAAAUAAAUAUUUAGACACAAUCGUUGCAAUAAAAUUUAGCUGGAUGACAAACGUUAAAAAUAAAACUAACAGCGAUAAUAACAUUUGAAUUCUGGGGCUGGGCGUACGACGGACGUCAUUUAGCUGAAACAGUGCAUAACACUUCCACCUAUUUUCAGUGUUAGUGAAUUUUAUGAAACAUUUUAGCUCAGCUCAAAUGUUCUAUUUGGCCAAUUCCACUGGAUAUAAAGCCAAAUGCCCUCCCUAUAACAUGCCCUAUGGUACAUAGACUCAUAGUAUAUUUAAUUGUCUAAUGUCAUUCAGUCGGUAGCUGGCCAAACUAGCUGAUCUCAAAAUUAGGACCAGAUAGUGCAUCUGCUGUGCAUAACGGAAGCCAAUGGAAGUCAUGUUGCACCGUAAAUUAGAUACUAUCGUGUUCGCAUACCGGGUGUUCCAAAAAAUGCCUCAUAUUUUGUAGUAUUUCUUUAAAAAUUUGUGAAGGUAUUAAAGUUAGUUUUAUAAAAAUUUCAGGUUUUAUACUAGAUGCAUGGGAUAACUCAUCUUCAUGUCAAUCACCUUGAUAUUUGAGUGGUUAAAAUAAUCAACCGCGUUUACAUUCUACAAUCACUUAAGGUGGCGACAUCAAUUUUCCAACUUGUCUAUAUAAACUGUUCUAAAUUAAGGAAGUUAAUAAUUAUGUUAAAAGUAUUUCAAUACAUUCGUAGACUGGAUUUAACCUAUAAGGCUAUAUAACUUCUCUAAAACUUGAUUUGUCAUCCCUAUCAUUAAAAUUAUUUAUGUUAACUUCGCGGUGUUUUGUUUAUGGCAUAUACCCUAGCAGGGAGGACAAAUGUAUAAAAUGUGUUGUUUUUACAUCUAUUUUGUCCUAAAACAACAAAUUCAGGGCAUUUUCUUCGUCCAGCUUCCUGCUUCAUUUCAGCGGUUGAACACAAAUCAUCACAAUCAGUUGAUCACUAUCAGCAUCAGAUAACUGAGAUAAGUGAAAUCUUCAAAUACCUCUUCAAGACUGGAGAGAAACUUCAGUCAUUAAUAAUUUAUAGAUUUUAUUUACAUGUUUCGUUGUUUAUUUCGAUAUAUUUCAUUUUGUUUAAUAAAGCAUGCGACCAACUUGAAUUACUUGAUGUCAUAUAUAUUGACGUCAUUUGCAUAUAAUGAGAUUGAUAAUAAUUGUAACGAAAUUAUUGAAGGAUCAGAAUCUUUAUCAGAAUGAUUAAUGCUGUACGAUAAAUAUAUACACGCUGCUUGUUCCAAGUGAUUUCACUAAAACAAGCAAAUAAAUAAAAUGUUCACUGAUGCCCCAUCAUUCAUCGCCAAGUUAGUUGCUUCGCUUUUUAAAGAAAAUGAAAUAUCUGGACAGCGAAACAUGGAAAUACAAACGUAUAUAAAACAAUUUACUCUACAGUUUUAAGACUCAGGUUUAAGAGUUCCUUCGUGUAUGAUAAUAAACCGUUUCGUGUCAUAUGCACUUAAAGUAUUGUCAAAAAGCCUUAAAGUAUAUAUUGCAAUACUUUAACCCUGAUUUCCAUAAUUUUAACAAGUUGGAAAACUGUCGUCAUGCACCUUAGGGACCGGUCAUUAUUUAUGGUGAGGGGGUGGCACCGAAGAGAAAUGUUUUUCGUGGCAAAAAUUUUGCUGGCCCAACCAUUAAAAAAUCAAAAAAUUGAUUACCAACCUCAAGUAUCAUUUAAAAAAUAAAUACCCACCCCUGGCCAAAAACGUUACAAAAAGAUGUCAUUCAGUUGUCACACAUGACACAAGUCCUUUACCACUUCUGUGAUACGUUUGAUACAGGCCUUAAAAUAUCGGUCGGUCACGGACAUUGUCCGACCCAUUCGUGAAAUUGUCCGACGUAGAAAGGAAACCACCGGACAUUCUGUCCGACCAAAGUGAAACUGAGGUUUAUUGUUUGUCCGACCCGAGUGUAUUGGUGUCCGACCGAACUGUAGCUUUGUCCGACGUAAAUCAAAAUGUACCCUAGCCCAGGACUAGAGGCUUGUAUGUUAAAUGGAAAAUCAGAGUACUUUUGUAUAAAAGGUCAACUGGAAAUGUUGUUUUAACGUAGUCGAGCGCGGAGCGGCGAGCGAAAUGGCGAUGUGCUUAAGUUGUCGAAGUCUUUUUUAAUACUGCUGUUCUGGAAAGCAAGUUAAUUUUGGCUUGGAAAUAAGUAUGAAAGGAACAAAAUAUUUAAUAUCUUUACAACAUUUACCGUUUAUUCAUUUGUGUCAUUCAGACUUAUUUCCGAGUCAAAACUGAACUGAAGGUCAUCGGACAUAUGUCCGACCCAAAUUCAACGUCACCGGACAUUUUGCCAGACGGCCCUGUAAAAGAUAUUUUAAGGCCUGUAAACGUUCGGCUUGUGAAUGUUUGAUAGUUUGACAACGUUCGGCUUGUGAAAUUUACUGACUUUUCUGCAGUCUAAAGUUUCAUGUUGUCUGUACAUUUACUUUCUUUGGAGACACCAUUUGUCUCCCAACGAAUCGGAAAAUGAUGAAGAUAUAGAUUGAUUCACAUAUUGUAUUGACAUAUGACUGUUGACAUUGAAGUUUUCAGUCUUCAAUAUUUGAGUGAGUCAUGCUUUGGAAAUGACAAUAAAUUUUUAUUACCCAACCUUUGAGUUGUUUCGUUUUUCAUUUACCCAACCCUUUACUUACUCAAAAUUUUGUUUACCCAACCCCUUUCUCUUCGGUGCCACCCCCCGCCAUAAAUAAUGACCGGUCCCUUAUGCGAUUCUAAAAGGCAAACGGUUGAUUAUUUUGAUUUGUAAAAUAUUAAUAGAAUUGACAUGACAAUUAUUCUAUCCAGUACAAAAAUCUGAAUCUUCUAUUAAAGCUAACGAAGUAAUACUAAUACAGGUAGCUCUUUCCAAUAUGCAUGGUCACCUCAAGUCACAUUAUCCAUGCAGUUAAAUUAAACUGAUUCCAGAAUCCAGAGCCAAUAAAAUGCUCUAUCCCACUCCUAGUGUCGAGGUCAGUGUAGGUCGUACGUUCGAACUACGUGUUCACAUCUUUCGUACUUCAUCAUAAAACUAAUUUAACGCAAGUGUUCGUUUCGAUUCAGUUUUGCACAUGCACCUAUGGUCUCAAAACGCGGCCUAUUGACAUAAUUGAUUCAUAAAGAAAGCAGAGUAGUGAGGUGCCGGAUUAAGAGGCAGGGAAAAUUUCCUUGUUCAGGUUUAAUAAGUUGAUGAUGUUGUUUAUAUUUUAAGGCCAUGAAUAUUGAAUAGCAUGGCGGCAAUGCUGCUGACAAAAACUUUGUGUCGUUGAUAUUAAAGUUCUAGUUUACGACUCUGGUUUGUUGGUUUUUUUUUGUGUUGAUAAAGCAAAUAUAUGUAAUUAAGGGUGG